GAGCACAGCUUCACUUCCAGCCACUUCCUCUCAUUCCUUCAUUCCUUGGAUCACUCCUGGCAGCUGCCAUGUCCCGCCAGUGCACCGUGAGGAGCCAGGGCAGAACCGGCUUCAGCGCUGCUUCUGCCUUCAUCCCAAACACCAGCAGCUCCAGCCUCUGCCUGCGCCCUGCAUCCCAAGCUGGAAGCUGCGGUGCCACCACUGGCUAUGGAAGGUUCCCCGGAGGGUUUGGAAGCAGGAGCCUCCACAGCCUUGGUGGAUGCCAGAGGAUCUCCGUGGCUGGAAGAGGUGGUGGCUUCUAUGGACUUGCAGGUUUUGGUGCUGGCACUGGGAUCUCCUGUGGGUUUGGUGGGGCAGUUGCUGGUCCCUUUGGGUUUGGUGGUGGCCCUGGAUUCCCUGCUGUCCCAGUCGGGGGCAUCCAUGAAGUGUCAGUCAACCAGAGCCUUCUGAAGCCGCUCAGCCUGGAGAUUGACCCCAACAUCCAGAGUAUCCGUAAGGACGAGAAGGAUCAGAUUCAAAACCUCAACAAUAAAUUUGCCUCCUUCAUCGACAAGGUCCGAUUCCUUGAACAACAAAACAAGGUCCUGGAGACCAAGUGGGCCCUUCUGCAAGAGCAGGAGAACAAAACAGUGAGAAAGAACAUUGAGCCCCUUUUUGAGACCUACCUGAACAACCUCAGGAGGCACCUGAGCAGCCUAAUGACAGACAGGGAGAACCUGGAAGGGGAGCUGAGCAAGGUGCAGAGUCUCGCUGAGGACUUCAAGAACAAAUACGAAGAGGAGCUCAACAAGCGAGCGGCCGUCGAGAGCGAGUUCGUGACCCUGAAGAAGGAGGUGGACACUGCCUACCUGGACAAGACAGAGCUGCAGGCCAGGCUGGAUUCCCUCACGGAGGAGAUCGACUUCCUCAGAGCCCUCUACGAAGCUGAGCUGUCACAGAUGCAGACCCAGAUCUCCGACACCUCCGUCAUCCUGACCAUGGACAACAACCGGAGCCUGGACAUGGAGAGCGUCAUCGCCGAGGUGAAGGCGCAGUACGAGGACAUCGCCAACCGGAGCCGUGCCGAGGCUGAGUCCUGGUACCAGUCCAGGUACGAGGAGCUGCAGGCCACGGCUGGCAGGCACGGGGACGACCUCCGGAACACCAAGCAGGAGAUCUCGGAGCUCAAUCGCCACGUCCAGCGGCUCCGAUCCGAGAUCGACAGCGUGAAAAAACAGGUCACUGGGCUGCAGACGGCCAUCGCCGACGCGGAGCAGCGCGGGGAGAUGGCCCUCAAGGACGCCAGGGCCAAGCUGGAGGAACUGGAGACAGCCCUGCAGAAAGCCAAGGCUGACCUGGCCCGGCAGCUCCGGGAAUACCAGGAGCUCAUGAACGUCAAGCUGGCCCUGGACAUUGAGAUCGCGACCUACAGGAAGCUGCUGGAGGGCGAGGAGAGCAGGCUCUCUGGGGAAGGUGCUGGCUCAGUGAACAUCUCCAUGACCAGAACCACUUCAGGAAUGGGAUAUGGAAGCGGGAACUGCCUGACCUUCAGUGGCGGGGCUGGAGGUGGGGUCUGUGCUGGACUGGGAAUGGGCUCCAGCUCCGCAAGCGGACACGGCACGGAUGGCUCGUGCAUGGUCGGAGGGAGCAGCUCCAGCUUCAAGUCCAUCUCUACCAGCUCUUCCACCAGGAGAUGUUACUGAGGAGCUGACUCCAGGCCCCAGUGCCACCAGUGCUGAGGCUUCUCUUGGGUCCAGUCCUCACCCAGCUCCUUCAAAAGAUUUGGAAAUCAAACCCAUCUGUCAUUAUUUAUAGAAAAGAUGCUGUGCUCCCAUUUGUCCUUUGACCCUCCAGAUUCCUCAUUUCCCAGUGCUUGUCUAAUAAAAGGCACGUGGAAUUAA